AUGGAGUUGAAGAGACUGCACAGACUAAGGUUUAUGAUCAACAAGCCCUGUCUUUUUUUCUUACUCUCAAUUUCUGCCCUAUUCACCACCAUCAGCUCAAAUACAUGUCCAGAUAGCAGGUGUGCCUUGAAAGCUAUAGCUGGUACAUAUUUUCAGGAAUUUGGGAAGCAAAGUGGCAAUUAUAUGGAGGGGAGGAUCAAUAUGAGGGAGCAGAGGCUGAACAUUCCGUUGAGCAUAGCAAGGAGGUACUUGAGUGGACCUGGAUCGUCGCCGCCUCGGUGCACAUCCAAGUGUGGCAGGUGCACCCCGUGCAAGCCGGUUCACGUGCCCGUGCCACCUGGGACGCCGGUGACGACAGAGUAUUACCCGGAGGCUUGGAGGUGCAAAUGUGGCAACAGGCUGUACAUGCCAUGA